CUUGCGAUCCGCCGUAUUAGAAAAGAAGAAGAAGACAGAAGCAUGGAGACUCGCUGCAACUGAGGGAUUCUUGACCUUUCCAACUUAAUACUUUAAUCUGGUUUCAAAAGCUGAGCAGGAUGUCAGGGAAAAAGGUUGUAGUCCAUGCCAGAUGGGUCAUCGGUAAAGUAAUCGGGACCAAGAUGCGGAAAACUGCUAAAGUGAGAGUGACAAGACUGGUGCUGGACCCCUACCUGCUGAAGUACUACAACAAGAGGAAAACCUACUUUGCCCAUGAUGCUUUGGAGCAGUGCACUGUGGGAGAUAUCGUCCUCAUCAAGGCUCUGCCUGUGGCAAGAUCCAAACAUGUGAAGCAUGAACUUUCUGAGAUCGUUUACAAAGUGGGCCGGGUGGUGGAUCCGCUGACGGGAAAAAGUGUCGCAGGGACAGAGUUUGUGGAGCCUCUGUCUGACCUGCUUCUAGAAGAGAAGAUUUCUCUGUCGGAUAAACUCAAAGAGCUGAACAUCUCAGCUGUCUCCGCUGCAGCUGAUUCUCCAUCUGUACAAACUCCUACUUCAUGAUAGAAAACUGUUUUCUUACAUGCCACUCUGUAAUGUUUUUGUUUCAAGAGUUAAUAAAAAAUAUAAGUAUGUAAACAUUAUGGGUUCAACAGAAGCCUAACUCUAAUUUUACUUUCUAGAAUAUAAAUUGGAUUAUUUUGCCAUGAAAUGAAAAUGGGAACACAUUCAUGGUUUGUGAUGUCCUCUGGGUUUCUGGGAAAGAUUACAAAUCUAAAUUUUAGUACUUAAAAAGUUAUAAAUGUGCCAAGAUUUUAAAUAAAAUAAUAAAGGCAAAAAUGCCUCUUUGGAUUGUAAAGGUUGCAGAUCUUUGAUGUUUUCUAAUGCACUGGCUCUCAAAACUUCCAGUUUUCAAAAGAAAAUGUCAGUGACUCUUUGUUGAGGAGUUAUGAAGUGGUACUGUGGCAACGCAACUAGCAGUAAAUAUAUUGACCAAUAUGUGGCUUUUAUUUAUUGAAAUCCCUCUAUUUUAAAACUCUUUUACGCUAUAAAAUGGAUGUGCUCUUUUAAUGUUUAUUUUUGGUAUUAAGGUUAUCUUCUCAACAGGAUCCCAAGAUUUUUUACAUUUUUGAGAUGCCAAUUUGGGAACUACUGUAAUGUACUGAAAACUGUUGUGUGGCUGAUUCAUAUAAAAUAUGCACUAUAAUAUGAAUGCAUAUAUUACAGCACUGCAAAAACAAAAUCUUAUCAAAUAUUUU